GACUUUUCUGUUCGGCCGGAGCCGCAGACUGCGGACACAGUGCAAAAUGGUCAUGCUUUUGCAAAUGCUAGCCCUGCAUGUGCAAGGUGAUUGUGAAGGGACGUCUCGGACGACUCUUUGUGAUUCAGAGCAAGAAGAUGAGGAGCUUGAUUCUCCCAUUCCUGCGACUUCAGAUGUAGUGCCAUCUUCAAACAAGCAAAAUAGGAUAAUAUGCCCGAUAUGUAACAAAUACUACCCAAUCCAUAACAUUGAGUUCCAAGCUAGUAUCUGUGGAGAAAGUCCUGUAAGGAUCCCAGAUGAUGGACCUGAAAGUCCCCAUGAUCUGCAAGAGCCAACACAACAUCCAAUAGAUGACAUCUCAUGUGAAGAUGUUCUGCGUUGGGUUGAUUCAAAAAUUGAGAGGGGGAAGACCUUCGACAUCUGUGUCUCGAGGGACAGCAUGCUAGAGAGAGGUCUAAAGCUUUGGCAGCGACAGAAGACUGGAGGCCCAGCAAACAAAUUAAAAAUUACCUUCAUAGAGGAAGCUAGCAUCGACACCGGGGCAUUAAGAAAGGAGUUCCUGUCUGAGAUGGUUGCUGGGAUAGAGAUGCCACUCUUUGGAGGAGGGGAGAAGGGGAAGAUCCCAAAAUACUCAAUCACUGACCUGGACAAAAACUAUUUCAAGUUUGUCACUUUUAUUUAUAUUCUCAUAUUAACGUUUUUACUUAUUUACAUGUGUUUACACAAUGGUGUAUAGUAUACUUGUGUACUAUGUAUACUAUUGUGUGUCCAACUACUCACUGGUAGCAGAAUAGACUACAUUAAAAAGAUACUGCUACAUAUCUUACAUCAACACACUUUGACACUGUGACUUUGGGUACAUUGUAAUUACCUAUUACAGCUAGAAGCCUAUCUUCUGAUUCUGUAACCUUGGUGUACAAGUGCACCUUCUGUACAUGAUAUUGGUAUGCCAAAGGGACUUGAGUACAUGCAAAUGAAUUUAGAUUUUGACCUUGCACAUCCUACAUACAUGCUUCCAUCGCUGGAUGGCAUCAUCAUUUGUUUUAAUCUAUGUUAAUAAUAAAAUGUUGCUAUGUCAUUUAGCAGAUGCUUUCAUCCAAAGUGAUGUAAAAUGAGAGUUCCUACAACACAAGCAAAAACGUUUGUAGUACAUCCUAUUCUUGGUAACUUGAUAUCUCAGGACAAACAGCUUGACAGAAUUUCAUUAAAUGUGGCCAGAUGGUCCUGUUGGACUCUGAACUAAGAUUUUUGAA